AUGUUAAAAACUCAAUAUCAGUCCUACGUGAUUGACGAAAUGGCGAAGGCAGCUGGUGUGGAGGUAUUAAGAUUACCUCCUUACCACUGCGAGUUAAAUCCUAUAGAGUUGGUUUGGGCAGAUGUCAAAGGGUAUGUAGCAAGAAACAAUACCACAUUUAAGAUGGUCGACGUGAAAAAAAUACUUCAAGAAGGAUUAAAUAGUAUCACUAUUGAAAAAUGGCAAAACUGCAUAAGCCACGUCAUAAAAGAAGAAUUAAAAUUUGGAGGACUGGAUAGUCAAAUAGAUAAAACGGUUGACUCUUUCAUAAUCAACGUAUCUGGCGAAACAUCUGACAGCUACAUAUCCAGUGUACAUUAUUUAUAA